AUGCCGCCAGAAUCAAAAAGUAAUCUUACAUGCAUCGCUUGCACCAAUACAACAAAAGAUUGCCAAAAUGUAUUAAUGCAGGUCAUACUGGCUCUGGAGAAUGCAUUGGAGGUCUAUCGGAAAUUGGCACCUUUUGUGAGGAAAUCUUAUGCGAGAAAUACGUUGGGACAUGAUGUGUAUGUGGUGGAGGGACAGUUGAGGAGGGCGUUACAGAGACUUUAUAAGGUUGAUGUUGCAGAGGAGGAGGGGAGAGAAAUCUUGGGUAAGUUGGCGGGGGAAGAUGAGAGUGAGGGGUUGGGAAAUCUGCCUCUUUUUAGGGUGGUUAAUGAUGAGAAGACGACGAAGGGUUGUGAAUUGGAGGGAAGUCGGAAGGGAGAGAGAGGAAUGAAUUUUCCAAUUUUGAAACUCGAUGCUGGAUUUUCUGAUGUCAAGGUUCCGUUUAUGGAUUCCGCGGUGGAGGUUAGGAGCCCGGGGUUUUUUGAGGAAGUUCUCUUGGAUGAUGAUGUCAUGGCUAUUGUGGAGGAGGACUGCGAGCAAAAGGAGAUUGAUAUGGAAAGGUGCACGGAAUUAACACCUAUGCCGACUUAUCUCACUCCUGACAUUCCUUACCUGCUUAAAGCUAUUCGUCUAUGGUUAGAGGAAUUCUUUGAAUCAAAAGACGAUUCUAUAGGGAUUCCACCAUCGAUGGUAUGCCAGCUUUCUGAGUUCGAGACAGCCUUUGUACUGGAGAGAUUACCAACAACGAGUUGUAUCUGGAAUCCCGAUUAUCAAAGACAACGGAAAGAGGUAUGGACGAUCACAUCAUUUUGGGGACCCAAUCAACGAUCGAAAUGUAUAUGUAUACCUGAGGAGCCCGAUGAGAAUAUUUUGACACAUUCGAAUGAUAGUUGGUGUCCGAAAAAUAUGCCUGUGGAUUUGGAUUGGCCAUCAAGUCAUUAUGAAUGGGAUUACAGGACCCAUCGAUGGAUUACUCGUCGGGGGCCUGGCUGCAGAAAAGGUGGGCCAGCACACCUCCUGAAUGCUCUAGGCAAGACGAUAGUGCAUCUGAUGCCGGAUUUGAUUCAGACUCAGAUUCGGACGAUCAAAUUGCCGAGAGGAUUGAACGAAGUAAAAGGGAAAGAGCGCAAGAAGGAGAAAAAAGCCUGGGAAGAAAUCAUGGGUAUGACUGGUUUGAAGAACGUGAAAGAACACGUGAGGAAACUCAAAGCCAAAGUUGAGAGUUCGAUUCGGCAGAAUAUCGAUCUGGGAGAAGAGAGAUUUGGCGCAGUUUUUAUGGGUAAUUCAGGGACUGGAAAAACGACCAUGGCUAGGAUUUAUACUAAAUAUCUGUAUUCGAUGGGAAUCAUCAAGAGAGAUGAUAUUCUCAUGACAACAGCUGAUGGCGGUGUGAUGUUCAUCGACGAUGCAAUGACUUUAGACGAUUAUAGCAACGGAGGCAAGAUUCUCGAUUUUCUCUACCAGGAAAUCGAUCAGAAGAAAGGAUCUGCCGUUUUCAUUCUUGCGGGACACGAAAAAGGAAUGCGCAAAUUGUUAGGACAUGGCACAAAGAGUGUUGCCAGCCUGCUUCCCAACGUUCUCACAUUCGACGAUUUUACAGAGCCUGAAUUACUUGAAAUUCUCAAUUCGUGUAUCAAGAAGAGAUUUGAAGGGAAGAUGGAGGUUGAGGGUGGUCAUGAUGGACUUUAUAUGCGGAUUGCGGCGAGGAGAGUUAGUAGAACGAGAGGAGGCUCUCAGUUUGGUAAUGCUAGAGCUGUGGAAAAUCUGGUCGCGCAGAUCUGGGAGAGACAGUCUGCUAGGUUGUCUAAGAUUCGACAAGAGAGAGCUGCUAAGGCUGCGGAAGAAGAGGCUGCGAAGGAGAAAGAAGGCGAGGAGAAGACAGGUGAAGAGAAGGCAGGUGAAGGGAAGACGAUCGAGGAGAGUACUACUGGCGAACAGACCACCGGAGAAAAGCCGCGAGAUGAGCCUUUGGUAGAAAAAAAUUCUGAGACAGCACAUAAAUCUGACACCGAAGAGAAUACAGGUCAGGAAGCAAGUCAGGGAGACAAAAUAGAAGCAGAUACUGAUCCAAACGUCGUUGUUGCAAAGGAACUCAUCGAUGUACGGAAAGACGACAAAAUGACUAAGAGCGAGGAGACAAAGGAAGAAACCGGAAAAUCGCUUCGCGAAAGAUACACUAAAGCGGAGAUAUUGAAAAUUCCAGCCAGCAAUAAUCUUGGGAGCGAGACAAAAUCAAAAGAAGAGCCUGUUGUAGUGGUGGUUCCGGAACCAGCGGAAGUGCCAACGCCCAUAGACGCAAGUUUCAUAGAAGAGGUCAAAUCAGAAGAGCCAAAAUUAGAGGAAGAUACACCCUCGUCUACAAAAGACGAGGUAGUGGUGGAUGAGCAGGCAUCCUCGAAAGAGACAGUCCCAACGGAAGUAGAAAUCGAUAAAGAAUUAGAAACAAAAGACGAAGACCCCUCGAAAGUCGAAAAUAGUAAUGGAAACAAAGUUGAGGAGGACAACCCCUCCAAAGAUGGCAAAUUGGCCGAUGAAGCACAAGAUUCGACCGACAAAGAUUCAGAUUCAGGAUCAGAAACUGAGGAAACUCCAGCAAUCGAUCCAGAGGACCUCUUGUUUACAAAAGAAGAUAUACUCGGUCCAGAUCCUUCCGCUGCUAUUCUCAACAGUGAGGCUUGGCAGGAACUUCAAAAGCUUAUUGGUCUGGAGAAGGUUAAGGCUUCUUUGCUUACACUCCUUGAGCUCGUCAAGUCAAAUUAUCAGCGAGAGCUGGAAGAAAAACCUCUGCAUCAAUUUACCCUAAAUCGCUUAUUCUUGGGUCCAGCUGGAACUGGCAAAACAGUGGUUGCGAAGUUGUAUGCUAAAAUCCUUGGUGAGAUCGGUGUUCUCUCGAAGGGUGAAGUGAUAUUUCGUAAUCCUAGUGAUUUGAUUGGUCAAUAUAUUGGAGAUUCUGAAGCGAAUACGAAAGCUGCGCUUAACGCCGCAAGGGGCAAUGUGUUGGUCAUUGACGAAGCAUAUAUGAUGUACAGUGGGAACUCGGACGGCACUGGAAAUGAAAGCGACUCGUACAGACAAGGAGUCAUCGAUACGCUAGUUGCAGAAGUGCAAGGAAAUCCUGGCGAUGAUCUAUGCGUUCUCUUACUGGGAUAUAAGGAGCCGAUGCUGGAAAUGCUUAACCACUCGAAUCCUGGACUCAGUCGACGAUUCCCUAUCGAAAGUGCAUUUUGCUUCGAGAAUUUUUCGGUUGAUGAACUCGAGAAAAUCCUCCGCUCGAAAUUAGAAUUCCAUGUUCUUGAAGCUACAGAAGAAGCCAUCAAGGUUGCUAUGGAUGUACUCCAGAAAGCCCGGACCAGAUUAAACUUUGGUAAUGGUGGGGAAGUAGAGAAUUUAAUUGCGACUGCGAGAACCAAUUACCAAUUGAGAACGUCGAAAAUUCCAGUGGAAGAAAGAUCUAGUAUAUGGAUAUUCCAACCGGAGGAUUUCGAUCCUGAAUAUGAUAGAGGCAGAUCGGCGAAUGAGAACCUUCAAAGGCUUUUUGCCGAUGUCAUUGGGUGUGAGAAUAUAGUAAAACAGUUGGGACAAUACCAAAAUGUUUGUAAAGCCAUGAAAUUAAGGAAUAUUGAUCCAAGACAGUACAUCCCGACGAAUUUUGUCUUCAAGGGGCCACCAGGAACUGGCAAGACAACUACAGCACGAAAGUUCGCAAAAGUUUAUUAUGACAUGGGUUUCCUCUCCGACGAAACAGUCAUCGAGUGCUCAGCCAGCGACCUUAUCGGCAAAUACGUUGGACAUUCAGGGCCCAAAACCGCGAAGGUUCUAGAGAAGGCUCUAGGAAAAGUUUUAUUUAUCGACGAAGCAUAUCGUUUAGCACCCCAUACCGAAAGCCACAGUUUCACAUCCGAAGUCGUAUCAGAACUCGUUGAUCUGCUCACAAAACCCAAAUUUCACGGAAACUUAAUUGUGAUCCUCGCUGGUUACGAGGACGAAAUUAACUCCUUAUUGUCAGCGAAUCCUGGACUCGCAUCACGAUUCCCAGAUGAAAUGAACUUCCCAGCUUUGACGCCCCUGCAUUGUUUGCAGAUUUUGGAAAUCAAAUUGCGGCUUGCGGGGAUUACUAUUCCGAUACUGAAGCAAACCGAACAGAGAGAAUACGAACAAUUAUUGCGAGUGAUGACGUUCUUAACAGCAACGCAUAGCUGGGGUAAUGCUAGAGAUGUGGAGACAUUAGCGAAGGCGAUUUGCAGAACUGUGUUUUUGGAAAUGGCGGUAGAAGGAGAGUUGGUUUGUACAGCAGAGAAUGCGACGAUGGCGAUAGAAGUUAUGUUGCAUGAGAGAAGACAAAGGGCGUUUACGGCAUUGCCGCCACCUAGAUACGAAUAGAAAUGGGAAUUGGAAAUGGGGGAGUAGGGGAACAGGAAAAUCGAAUCUUGGGGGAAUGAAUUUCUGGAUUCGAUCUUUGGUAAUGCUGACAAAUAGAUCACUGAUGAUUUUAAUAAAUAUGAUUUUAAC